AUGGCUGAGGGAAAUCACACCAUCUUUACAGAGUUUAUUUUCCUGGGAUUCUCAGACCAUCCAAAGCUGCAGGCUGUCCUCUUUGUGGUGUUCCUCGCCAUCUACAUUGCCACCCUGGUAGGGAACCUUGGGAUGAUCGUGUUAAUCAGGAUUGACUCCCGGCUUCACACCCCUAUGUAUUUUUUCCUCAGCAGCUUGUCUCUCUUAGACGUCUAUUAUUCCUCUGUCAUUGCUCCCCGGAUGCUGAUGUCCUUUGUAACAGCCGGAAAAGCCAUUUCGUUCACUGGAUGUGCUAUGCAGUUUUAUUUCUUCUGCAUCGCUGUGUCCAAUGAAUGCUACCUGCUGGCCGUGAUGGCGUACGAUCGCUUCAUAGCCAUCUGUAACCCGCUGCUCUACUCUGUCAUCAUGUCCAAGAGAGUCUGCAUCCUGCUGGUGGUUAUGUCAUGCUUGCUCAGCCUGGUGAACUCAACUGUCCAGACAAGCUUAAUCUUUAAUUUAACCUUCUGCGGCUCCAAAAUCAAUCAUUUCUUCUGCGAUGUGCCCCCCAUCCUCAAGCUGUCCUGCUCCGACACCUACAUCACUAACAUUGUUCACUUCACUUUCUCCACCUUUGUGAUCAUCAGCACUGUUGUGACAAUCCUUGUCUCCUACCUGUACAUCCUUACCGCCAUCCUGAGGAUCCGCUCCACUCAGGGCAGGCGCAAAGCCUUCUCUACGUGCGCCUCCCACUUGAUGGCUGUCACCAUCUUCUACGGACCUAUCACCUUUAUGUACUUGAGGCCCAGUUCCAGCUUCUUGAUGGAUGAGGACAAAGUCAUCUCUGUUUUCUAUACCCUGGCGAUCCCCAUGUUGAACCCCCUGAUCUACAGCCUGAGGAACAAGGAGGUGAAGGAUGCCCUGAGGAGGACAUUGGAUAGGAAGAUUUUCACUUGGUGA